UUUAUUUUGAAGGUCAAAACCGGAAACCCUUGCUUUUAGUAAGCGGAGAGUGGUUCUUAUCUCAGCAGAGAGAGACAUAUUUCAAACCACAAAGUCCACAAUAUAGUUUGAUCAAAAAUGGCCGGGACGGCUUCAGUAGCAGGCGAAGUGUUCGUCGAUGCUUUGCCAUACUUUGACCAAGGUUACGAUGCAGCAGGUGUCAGAGAAGCGGCUGCAGCGUUGGUGGAGGAGGAGACCAGAAGAUACAGACCCACCAAGAAUUACCUGAGCUACUUGCCCACACCCGACUUCUCUACUUUUGAGACAGAAAUCAUGAGGAACGAAUUUGAGCGGUUGGCGGCACGCCAGCCCAUGGAACUCCUGAGCAUGAAGAGAUAUGAGUUGCCAGCGCCCUCAUCAGGACAGAAGAACGACAUCACAGCGUGGCAGGAGUGCGUGAACAACUCGAUGGCCCAGCUAGAGCACCAAGCAGUCCGCAUUGAGAACCUGGAGGUCAUGUCACAGUACGGAACCAACGCAUGGAAAGUCUACAACGAUAACUUAGCCUUCAUGAUUGAGAUGGCUCAAAAGGAACUUCAGAAAUUCAGGAAACAAAUUCAAGAUUUAAAUUGGCAGCGUAAGAACGAUCAGUUGGCGGGAGGAGCCAAACUGCGAGAGCAGGAGUCAAACUGGGUGUCUCUAGUCAGUAAGAACUACGAGAUCGAGCGGGCCAUCAUCCAGCUGGAGAACGAAAUGACUCAGCUCAGACAACAGCAGGGGGACGAGAACAAGGAGAACAUCCGACAGGACUUCUAGAGCAGCAGCAGCUGUCGGCCUCAUAACACUGAUCUACAAACUAAUGAUCCCUCGAUCAGACAGAUUCCAUCUUGUUUGACUGGACUCAGAAGCAACAUGACGAGGGAAUGUGAAAACUGCUUAUGUUCAGCUGCAUCAUCAAAUAAUGUGAACAUUCAGAAUGAGUUACCCAGAAACCUCAGUGACAACACGCAUUUCUACCAGACUCCACACCUCUUACUGCCAAAACACUGGUGUAAAGCAACUCUUUGUUUAGAGCAAGAUUAUGUACGGUUUGCCACAUAUUCCUCUUUAAACAAAUGGAGUUGAAUUCAUAAGCAAUAAGACACAUUUUUGCUCAAGUCAGUACACUCAUGGGUUUGUUGCUACAUCCACACAUGGUCUGGUCUGACCAGUGGCUAAUGUUAGCCUAGUUUUGGAUAUUACUGAGUUACUGAGUUAGUUGGAUAUUACUGUUUGCUGGAUUCUUUUUCAUCCUGUGCAUUUAACAUUAUUCAGCAAAAGUGACAUAAUCUCACACCAAAAUGUCAUUUAUGCCAGCGUAUAGGUUUGUCAGGUGUUUAAAAUAAAGUGUACAUAGUUUGUCAGGUGAGUCCUGCCUUGACUUUGAUUCAUGUUAUUUUCUAUGCUGUUUUAAUAAAAAGAACAUUUCUUAUA